AUGGCUUCUAGGGACUUAAAAAUUGCUGCCGCAGUGGUGUUUUGUUUUGCAGUGUACACUCUAUUUUGGACCAACCUAAAAGAUUGCAAGUUCUCUCGAGGUUUGUAUCAUUAAAAUUACGUCAGUUUCAAUUCAAAUUUCAUUUUGCCAAUACCAAUGUAACUGUUCUCAUCUAGGAGAAGUGAAAAACUUUCAUUGGCUUAAUACUCCAUCGAUAGAGAUACAUCCUGUCAGAAUGAGCCACUUGGCCAGUUGUAUACCGUCACCACAGAUGACAAUUUGAAGAUGACCGAGCACUGAUAAUAACCGAAAUGAAUAUGUCACUGAUCGUGAGCACGAUUAGGUCAUAAAAAUUUUAAUUUCUUGAAUUUUCAUGAUCAGAUUUGCGUCUGCAUCGGAUAAGAGGUUGAGAACAGUUAACUAUUCAUCCCUUUUUUACACCAUUUGAAAUUACUGAUGGUCCCUGUAAUCUGAUUGGCUCUAAUUGGUGCGAUUUAUUCACGAUUUUUUUGCUUUAAAUCGCAUCUUUUUCCCAGCAAAUGAGCAGGCCACACUAAAAACAAAACAACCAACCAGAUUUCAAGGCUUGUUUGAAGUAACCAAUCAAAUUGCAAGAAAAUGAAAGACAAAGAGUAUCAUGCGUCAAAUGUGCAACUUUUGUUUCCAAAGCUUCUAUUUCCCCUCCCCCCCCCAAAUAUGAAUGAGUUUAAUUUCAAACCAGCUCAGUCCUGCAUCAAUAAAAUAUUUGAACUGACCAAGUCCUGUAUUUGGGCGAUUUCAAAAUGGAUGUAAUGAAGUGGUAACUGAAUCUCGUGUCGUACAAUUUUGGUCUGAAAUCAUACUUGUGAUUUCAAAUCGAACUCGCGCUGCGUGCUCGUUCGAUUUUGAAAUCACGCGAAUCAUUUCAGCCCAAAUUGCAUUCCACUCAGUUCAGUUAUUAUUAUUAAUCAUGAAUUUUUAAUCAAGUUUUCAAGGGUCAUAAGAUGGCGGUUUCUACUCUGUCUACUCUCUCUUCCAGACCUCCAUUUUACCUUCCUUCCUCGAUCCUCGCUUAACUCACGCUCACUUAACUCCCCUAACUUUUUCUAUUUAACACCCCCCGCUGUUGUUCUGUUUGUACUCAUCAAUUGUUUGAUUUUAGUUCCACAGCUGACUAAUCUUCUAGAUGCAAGACAGUACGACAGUGUCAAAAUUUUCUUACUUUUUAUUGGUUACAACAGAAGUAGACACACUCUGUUAGCUUCUCUGUUAGAUGCUCAUCCAAACAUUAUCGUUGCCAACGACUACAACAUCUUGGGCGAAUGGAUGAAAAACCCUCUGUUGUCUCAGAGAUCAAAAUAUUAUAUGUACGAGCUACUUUAUGCAAAAUCUCGUUAUGACGUCAUGUUUGGAGUGCGCUCGCGAUUGGUGGGUGACAGACCAAAACAAUAUCACUAUAACAUCAAGGACCAAUGGCAAGGCAGAUACAAACAUAGCUUACAGGUGUGUGUUACCGUUACAUUUUUUCGGUUCCUGUAUUCGCCAAAGCAAAAUUCGUUAGAUUUCAGAUCAUGCGCCUCGCUUACCAAUUUGUAAAUGGGCCUUUUCCCUUUCCAAACGGAAUCUACUAAUUACUAACUAAUUCGAUAACGUUUAAUACAAAUGAGAUGUACCUGUAAACAUUUUGCUGGAUAAAAUGAGAACGCUGCUUCCCAGUUUUCUAUUUGUUCUAUGCAGGUUGUUGGUGAUAAGAAAGCUGCUCGAGCAUCCAAAAUUGCGCGAGGACCCGAGGGAAUAAAGGCGUUGAGAGACCUCGAGAAAAAACUCGGUGUACAACUAAAGUUCAUUCACGUUGUGAGAAAUCCAUUUGAUAACAUCGCAACUAUGACUCUACGAAGAGCACAAGCGAGAAAAAAGGGACAAGUUAACCUUAAGGUCAGAAUACGCAGUAUACGCUGGGCCCGCUGUUAUUGGCUGCGCUGUUGCAAUGCCCCUGCCAUUUUUCUGUCGUUUUUUGUCAACUUUUUUUCCAUCUAUUUAUUUGGAUUGUUGUCGUGUGGCGAAGUUAACAAAUAAAUAAAUAAAGAAUAGUAUUAAGAUUCAUCCCCACGUUUACAUUAUAUCUAUUGGUCUGUUAGGUUUCAGACCUAUUUGAAACUUUGAAGGAAAAGUUUAUCUCACCCAACUACGCAGUCAAGGCUUCAUAAACAAUUGGGAAUACCUCACCAAAAGAUUCCUCAACUAACUUUUUCUUAAUCCUUCAUUUAGGUGAACCUCUCAAAUAUACUUGAUGGAAGUAUAAAAAGUUACGGUGAACUCGCUCGAGGAAGUCUUGAAGUCAAGAAAAACUUUCCAGGCCGCGUACUUGACGUAGCAAGCAUUGAUAUGAUGACGUACACUACAGAAAAUUUACGGAAUAUUUGCAACUUCUUAGAAAUCACGUGCACAGAGAAGUACCUGCAAGACUGCGCCGCCAUUGUCGACCCAGUCCCCUCCACCACGCGAACAAAUGUCGAGUGGAACACUGACCAAAUAAACCGAGUUCGGAGAUUGAUUUCACAAUAUCCAUUCCUUAGACGAUAUUCAUUUUACGAUUGAAUGACACCGAGAACCAUUGUACAAAUUAGAUAUGUUUAUGGAUAGAAAUAGAAUAAUUU